AUGUACAUCAUGAGAGUUCAAAGUGAGAUGUCGAAAGAGACGCAGCGAGAAAAACAAAGCACAGAACCAUCGGCGUCAUUUCAGUCAGUGCCGAAUCUUCACUUCACUGGGAUCUCAAAGUGCCUGACUGUUGAGACACUCAUUUCAGGUCAACUGAAGGGAUCACAGUUGGGUCCUGUGCGCAGGCCAGGAAGCCGGGUCAGACUUGAAAGAGUGCGGAAACCUGAAGGGAGAAUGAGCGUUGCAUGGUCCACUGGAGAAAGGCGAAGAGCAGCAAGAGGAAGAACAAGUGAUGAUCGAGAUGCCACGACAAAACGACCCUCGAGAAAGCAAGUAAAACCUUUUCGAUCACCCGUGGCUUCAAAGAGUGUUCUUAGCCCGUCCGUCUUGCAGCUGUAUCAUGGCUUCCCGAUGCUCCCCAAAACCCACUUUAUUUUACCUACAACGGGGAAUGUACGAAUGUUGGAAGACAAGCAUUAUCUGGACAGAAACUUUGGUUUCUGGAUUCAUCGAGCCUCACAAACUCGAAUGCCGACGGCAUCUGGCAGCGGACAGGGGAACUCUUCACAUCAGCCUCACGACAGGUUGCAGUUUCAAGGACUCUUCUUCGUUGAAGUACCUUGCGACCUUUUUACGGAACGUGUUGCCGUUAGAGGUUCGGGUGAACUCGCUCGUGUCAACGAAGCAAUGUCUCAGACAACAUUGGCGGAACAAGCCACAAGGACAUCUCCGACCAGUUCGCUUCCCAGAACAGUUCAAGAAACAGUCCGUCAACAGUGCAAGUGCUUGCGAACACAUGAACGCCACCACCUCGGGACUUGA